UAGAAAGAAUGAGUUUUGAUGUAUGAAGCAGGAAUGUUAUUGGUGCACAAAAUUCUGGCCCUAAUUUCUAUUUAUCACUUGCUCAAGCAUCUGUUUGUUUACCUGUGUCUGUCCAUAAAUAAAUACAAGAUGCUUCACCUAACUAGCCAGCCCUGAUCAAUGUGCCACUUUCUUUUUUAUUUCCUUUAUACUAUAUUGUUCAUAUUGUUAGCUUGCCAGAGGACAUUAAAAAAAUACAAGAAUAUAAAUUAAAAUUCAAGUUAAAAUUCAUGGUCUUAGAAUAUACUUGGAGUGAAGGGGGAAUUUAAAUUUGCACGUAAUGCUCUGUAUGAAUGAAUGCAUAAUCUCUCAUUCCGUUAAAGAGAACAUUUGUUAUCACAAUUACUGGCUUGUGCGUAGAACAGUGUUUAUGACAUUGCUUCAGUGGUGUAAGAAAAGUUCUGCCAAAAUGUAUUAUCACAUUUGUAAAGAUUCUUUUGGAUCUAUGAUGCCAGCGUUUUAAUAUAACAGUGGAAAGUGUGGCAGAUUGGGUAAAUGCAAUCAUCCUAUUUUCCAGACGAUUCGAGUGAUCAUUGAUCUUACUGUUUAAAGAGCGAAUUACAAUAAAAUCACGGUGUAUGGAUAUCAUUUGAACCUAUCUAACAUAGUUUCAGGGUAAUUCUAAACUCCUUUCCUGAACCAGCAACCAUUUUAAUGAACAGCAUCACAUAAUGGACUCGAUUUCUAUCCUGAAUGCAAAAUAACCCAAUUUACUCAAUGUUUUAACUGUGCAGACAGGAAUAGGAAAUCAAUUUUCAAACGCUCAGACUAUAAUUCAGACGACUCGGAAUAUUUUUUUUUUCCAAUAUACAAAUGGAACUAGAUAUCUGUAGUUAUGAAGAAAGUGCACAUUUCAUUUGACUAUUGAAUCAGGCACAUAGGAUGAGCUGAUGGAUCAAAGAUAUUCCUGUAACUCCCUCAUUGGGAGGUUACUCCUUCUGUUAAUAUGGACCAGUGGCUACCUGACCCUAGAAAGCACCACCCCCAGUGUAAACCCCCACCUCUCCUCCUCAGGAUGGACAUUCUCAAGAAACCAGUCUUUUGUGGCCUUUUCACCCAAUCUUACUCUAGAACAGGACCAGGAGAUAAUGUUCAACUUCAGGACGCGAUCACCUAAUGGAUUAUUGUUUUGUCACUUAGUGGAGCAGUUUAAUCAAAGUGUUCACCCUUUACUGAGGAAUUAUCAUUUCUGUGCAGAAUUAAGCCAUGGAUAUUUACAAGUGAAAUAUAACCUAAAUCAAAAAUCUGAUAUCUUGGAGUUGGGAAGAGCAUUAAAUGAUGACUCUUGGCAUUUGGUGGAUAUAUUCUUAGAAACCUCGAGUGGGAAAUUAGUCGUCUCCCUUGAUGAUCUCCCCAGCACCUCAUUAUAUCUGAGAGCUUACACCCAUUUGGAUGUAAAAACUAUUCUGGACUGGACUCGAUUAAGAUCCAUGGUGUCAUUUGCAGGCUUGACACAUGCAGUACCUAUAGAACAUCACCAAUUCAUUGGCUGUCUAAGCUCCCUGAAGUACCGAGAACUGAUCGAGGUCACAUGGGAGGUCUCCCCCACCAUUGUGAUGCAGGCAACCCCUGGUUGUGUGGACCUGUGUCAGGAGAACAAUCCCUGUGGGGAGGGGUGGUGUGUCAAUCUGUACUCCUCAAUACACUGCGACUGCUUCUCUGUGGGCAGGGAAGGGGACAGGUGCCAAUACUCCAACAUCACAGAGAUCACUCUACACGGCUAUGAAUGGCUGACCUAUCAGCUGUACUCGGAGCAGGAGAAGACCUUACGUGACAGGAACCGAUUCAGCUUACAAUUCAAGUCGGACCGUGGUUCUGGAGUACUACUGUACGCGGUGGGGAGUAUAGACAUAGGGGGCGGGGUAUCAGGGCAGCACCACUCCCACGUCAUCGCCUCUGUCCACCAGGGGACAGUCAAGGCCUCGGUGGCCUUCGGAUAUGACAUACUAGAGCAGACCAUGGGGGUCAGUGUGGACGACAACAGGUGGCAUAAUUUGACCAUUGUCCAUGAAACAGUGAAAGUAGAGUUUUACCUGGAUGGAAAGCGUUUUGUCCAUGUAACAACCAACGACUUGUACUAUUUAGGCCUGGAUCCAUUUAUCUAUAUUGGAGGAGGGAAAAACUUUGUUCAGACAUUAGGACUUCAAGUUCGACAGAACUUUGUUGGCUGUUUAAAAAAUGUGUAUGUAAAUGAUCGUUCCAUUCUGAAUGAUCUCAGAAGUAACAUUUCAACAAGUACUCUCCAUGGCAACACAGAAGUCCAAUAUGGCUGCCACAGAGUGUCCAAUAUAUCUUUGACAUUCCCCAGGUCCAAAUCAAUCCUGUAUUUAUCUGGGUACUAUGACAGUGUUUUCAACGUGCAAUUUGACUUCAGAACCGUCAGGGAAACAGCCCUUUUACUUUAUCUCAAAAUUCAGACCAUUGAUUUAUUUGGAUACCCAGCAAAGGGCUUUGUUGAGGUCUGGAUCAACAAGACUCUUCCCAUGAUGAAGUUUGUGAGGACGAUGUACUAUGACAGCAUUGCCAACGUCUCCCUUCUUCAUGUCAACGUCAGCAAUAACCAGUGGCACACACUGUCCCUCCAGCUCAAAGACGGGCAGGUUAAAAUUUCUGUGGAUAACUUGGCCUUACCUUCCCUUUUUAUUGGAAAUGGUUCAACAAUAGACAAAAGCAUCACAAUUGGAUAUGGAUUUCACAGAAAUUAUGAUGAUUUUGUUGGUUUUGUUGGCUGCAUCAGAAAUGUGAUAGUUCAGAAGGAAUUCCUAGACCCCAUCAAUCUCAUGGAGCGACCUUCCUCUGGGGUAUCGCAGACGGGCCUCAUUCUGGACGGGUGUAAACUGGUGAACCAUUGUCUGGUUCACCAGCACUGUCAGCACGGUGGACAGUGCCUGUCCGACUGGGAUGGAGUGUCAUGUGACUGCUCCAGCAGCGCCUAUCAAGGAAAAUAUUGCCAAUUUGCGCGGUACCGCAGUAGUUGUGACAGUUACUAUCAGAGUGGAUGGAGGAGGUCAGGAGUGUACGUCAUCGAUGUGGACGGCAGCGGGCCUGUGGAGCCGACUUAUGUCAGCUGUCAGAUGGGUAUCGGCACGGAGGGAGAUUAUUACGGACAGACAGUGGUGGAACACAAUCUACAUAUUCAAACUCAGGUCAGGGGAAUCACACUGCCAGACAUGAGGAUAAGGCUGACAUACAGGGAGAUGGGAUUUGUUGAGCUACAGCAGCUGACCAAGAUAUCUUCUUGGUGUGAACAAUAUAUCCAGUAUAACUGCCUCAAUGCUCCACUGAGGCUGAGCAAUCUGACCCAUUUCAAGUCCAUAGAUGGUGGUGUGGUACAAUACAUAGGAAAGACUGACCCAGAGUUUACUCCAGGCUGCUCUAUGGGGACCUGCAACUGUGAUAAUGAGGACUUGGUCGCUCAAGAAGAUGGUGGAUAUAACAGAAUAAAGAGCCAGUUGCCCAUUGGAGAAAUUACUGUGUACCAAUACACUGACUUUAAAACUCCAGACUCUAAAGGAACCCUUAGCAUUGGCCCUCUAAAAUGCUGGGGAAAUAAGGACAGCUUGAGUUCGUCGUCAGUGACGUUUGUGACAGAGGACUCCUUCCUGAAGCUGCCGGGCUGGGUGUACGGGGACCUGGAGUUCAGCUUCCGUACUCACCAGAGCUCCGCCCUCCUCCUGUACCAGUCCUCCUCCAACGGGGACUGGUUCAAGGUCACUCUAGAAGCAGAGGAUGCCAUUAAGAUGGAAAUGCAAAUCAAAGGGAAAGUUAUCCUGAGUGAGACGCUAGAUGCCAACAGUUUGGUAAACGAUGGUGAUUGGCACCGGGUGACCUUUGAACUUAGUUCUCAUGAGGUCAGGUGUGGACUGGACUCCCAGAGGAGAAUUGUGACCAUUCCUUUCCACAAUAACAUUACAUUUGAUGGUUUACUGUAUCUAGGAGGAAAAUUGUAUAGCUAUGGAUCAUACAACAACCUGCCUGGUUUGAUUGGCUGUGUGAAGGGAUUAGUGUACAAUGGCAAGCUUCGGGAUCUUACCUUUGAUGUUUAUGAUGACAUGCCCAACAUUCUAAGUGGCUGUAGACGCCAUUGCUCACCAGAUCCCUGUCAGAACGGAGCCCUUUGUGUGGAGAAGUGGAACAAUUACCAGUGCAUAUGUACUAACAAGUGGGCACACUCCGGCCACAGCUGUGAGACCAACAUCAAUGAGAAUGCAGUGACCAUUACUGGAGACUCGACAGCUUUCUUUGACCUGCGAGUCAGCUCUAACCCCCUGGAGAUGGAGGAGAGAAUCAUCUUCAGCUUCCGCACUCAGGUCUAUAAGGCCCUCAUCUUCUACAUGUACGAUGAACUGAACAACUUCAUCCAACUGGAGGUAGUGGAAGGCAAGAAACUGCGCUUCACAAGGAACAACUUCCAGCAAAUCUUCCACCAAGACAUAGAAGUUCCAGGUAUCAUACAGCCUACCUGGAAACAAGUUGUAUUGGAGCCAACAAAGAUAAUUGUGGAUGGCACUGUCACGUUCCUCAGCCUCUCAAACAAUAAAUUGGAGUCUAGCUACAGAAUCGAUCCAUUCGCAGGAGAAGGGGAAACUGUAAGUCCGCCAAGACCCGCAGAAAUGCUGCCCCCAUUUCUGAGAAUGUACCUGGGUGGAGCUCCAGUCAAUGUCACUUCCCUGGAGAAAUACGGGGGAUGCAUCCGAGGAUUCAAAAUCGGGGACCGUCUGUUGGAUCUUCAGGAGCAUUCCAAGAGUGUAGAAGGCUUAAAGAAGGGCUGCAAAAAAGGGUGUACAAAGAAUCUGUGUUUGAAUGGUGGAGUAUGCAUUGAGAGAUGGGGAGAGGGGCAUUAUGAAUGUGAUUGUUCUCAUAGCAACUUUGCUGGGAAGCAGUGUGAACUUGAGGCAUCAGGAAUAUUCACCGGGCAAUCUGUAGUCCACUAUAAUUUUAUUCCCCUUGGUGAGGCAGCCAAAACCAACAAGGAGCAGUUCUCCUUCAUCUUCAAGACAAACUGUACAGACAAAACAAUGGUCCUGUUGGUGAUACUCAGCAAGAAUAGGGGAGAUUACAUCAUAGUUUCACUGAGCACCUCUUUUGUGAGAGCAGUGUGGAAUUUACAGAAACGUCUGUAUGAGGAGAAAGUAAAGGGGAAUUUCUGUGAUGGAACAGCUCACAAAUUUAUAUACAAACGGGAGGGAGAGGAAAUGUGGAUGAAGGCUGCAGACAUUCACAGUGUUGAUCGAUCAGACUGGAGGAGAAAAUUUAUAACCAACACACUUCUGGAGGACAUGGACACAAUGUUAGUAGGGGGCUUGAUCCCAGGAGUCCUCAGUGACAUGGAGUCGCAAUACAAAGACCCUAACAAGACUGGCAAUUUCACUGGAUGCAUAUCAGAAGUAACAUAUGUACCAGUAAAUGAGAGAACGUUUGUGGUCCAGCCAAUGAAAGAGUUAAGGGACUUGAAGAAUGGGUCCAUUACUGUGCAUGGUCCUGAUGUGCCUCAGUGCUCGCCUGUAGAUUAUCACGACCCCUUGCUGACCUCUGAACCCACGACAUCUGUCCCAACCACCAGUGUACAUUCAACGCUGGGCGUCACGAUGCCACCUUGGGACAUCAGGGGACCCGAUAUCUAUGUCAUUGGAAUAGGAAACAAUUUCACCACUCCUGGACCAACCACUACCACCAGCUCUACCACUACCUCAACCACUGAAAUGGUUACCACUGUCAUGUACCACCCAACCACUGAGCAGGAACCGGCAAAUGUCACCCUGCUGCUGGGACAAAUAACAGCAGCCACUGUGUCCUCUAUGACCAUAUUGAUUGUGUCCUGUGUGGUGACCCUCAUGUGUCUGAUAGCAAUCCUGAUCGCUGUCAUCAUGAGGAAAAAACGUAAACGCUAUGUCACCUACGACGUCCGUAAGAAGUACAUUGAUGACUUUGAGAUGAAGGAGCCGCUGAACCACAACAUGGAGACGUACAGCCCCACAUCGCCACCACCCAAAAAAGACAUUCAUAUCGCCACAUGGGAUGAAUUCAGCAUGGUGUCUGCUACUUUAGGGCCCAAUAAAAAGAAACAAAAUGGAAUUACACCUGGAAAAGUUCACACAUUACCUGCAGAUCUCAGAAACACAGAAUACCCAGUUCAGACGACAUUCCUGCCGGAGGAUGGAGUAAAACACCCAGUGUACAACCGUAAAAAGAACAGACCUGCCUCCUCAAUAUCGGAGGUCCUUGAGGAAAUGGAGCGACAACAGAAAGCUAAAGAGCUUGGCCUUGACCCUGAACAGUUUGAAGACCCAAAGUCUCACGGAGAGGGUGAGCUAGAGUGGGACCCUCUUGUUGACCGCACCCCCCUCACACUAGGAAUUCACCAUGACACAAUAUACGAGACCCAGGAUGAAGAUUCGGACAGUAAAAGUCGUGCUACAUCCUCUGAAUCGGAGGACCCGCUAAAAGUAUUAGAUCAGCAGGAGGACCUGUUACAGGAAUACAACGGAGACAGCGGAUACGAGGCGGAGUCCCAGCGUAACGGGGACGACGACCUUGACCUCGGAGAGUCACUAACUCCGCCCACCCCUGAUAGCUCCAAGCUGUAUUAUGACAUUACAGGGGUGCCGGAGUCGCCCAAGUGUACCUCCACUCCAUACAGACUUAUUAUUGAAUCGGAGGAGCAGUUCGUCUAGUCUCGUUGUGUGCGAAUCCUGGUCUCUAAAUAUCCUUGUUUCUGUUUGUAUUAUGUUUCUUCUUGGUGCUUUGUUAAAUCGGAUGUCUCAAUCGUAUGCUCACUUAAUUUCUUAUUACAUGUUCCAAGUACAUGUAAAUUGUGCAGGAGUUGCAUGAUAUUUAUGUGUUCAAGUACUGAUAUCACCUGGCGGAGGAGAAAAAUGCUACGUUUUAACUGACAUAUGUACCUGCUUUCCGAGAGGAGAAUUGUGGUAAUGUGAACAAAGGGAUAAACUUUGUGUCUGAUAAUGAUAGUUUGAUUAUUCUUUUGAAGAAUAUAUUGUUCCUUAAAGUUCACAUGGUUACAGAAAAGUCUUUAUUAUAUAAAACUGCUGGAAAAUACUAUACCUAGAUUACAAUGCAAAACAAGAUAUAUAUUGACUUUAAAAUGCAUGAGUUUGGUAUAUAAUUCUUCAGCUGUAAUAAUAUGUUGUUAUGGAGUUGUAGAUUGAACACAUUAUUAAGUCUUUCUCUGAUUUUGAUGCAUAAUUUGUUUUAUAGAUUUGUUGUGUAUUAUGUAUAUGUAUGUCAUUCCAGAAUGCUUUAGAAUUGUGAAAUGGAAUCGACUUGGAAAUAGUUGAAGAUAGCAAUGAAACAAUUCACUGCUGUUUCUACCUCCUUUUAGUGUCUUUGAAAAUUGCAUGUGUCAAUGGUAUAUGCAUGUAUAUGAAUGAAAUCAAAUUACUUCUUUCUUUUUUUUUACUCAAGGUUGUAAGUGCUUCUCAAGAACUGAUUUGCAACACAAUGUGAUGGCUUUAUAAAGCAAUAAUUUGUCAUGUAUAUAUGUAAAACUUGUUUUUUUUAUUCAAACAUUCCAAUGCUGAUUUACAUGUAUUUUAUUUAUUGCCAAUAUCAUGUGAAUGUACGUAUAUGUAACUGAGCUUUUAAAACAAAUUUUCUAUCUUGUCUCUAUAUAGAUUAUACGUUUUUAAAAAUAUUUGAAAAUUAUGCUUAAAAUCUCAAGAGGACAAAUAUUCAUUAAGAUUACCAACAAAUUUCACUUUGGCAUGUUCUUAGAGUUAUCUUUCCUUGCUCUGUAUUUAUUAUUAAGAUGUUUUCUUAUUCAAGGCAGCAAUAAAAAGUAUUUGUGGAGAUGGUUAUUGUAGGAAUAAUCAUCCAAAUUCAUUCUGAUAAUGUUCACAUUUUCUCACAUUAUUUGUAUUACCAAAGAACGUGCAAUAAACUUACUAUAACGUU